AUGGCAACGGAAACGGCAAAGAAGAAGGGAACUCCACAGAUUCUUAAAACAGAUACGGCACAAAAACUUGCUGAGAAGUGGGUUGCUAGUAUGACGAGGUCUACGGAGAAGGAUCCUGUUGAGGCUGAACAAGAAGCUCGGCCACACAGGCUUGGACUUGGUGCUAAAGUGUCAAAGGAAAUGAAGCGUAAACCCUCAGACGACCCUAUUGAUCAAAAGCUACAAGCCAAGUUUGAUGCAGGAAGAAGAAAACAUGCGAGAUUAGUAGCAGAUGCCGCUGGUUCUAGUAAGAACGCCGGUGAUGAUGACAGUGAGGAGGAGGAUGAAUCAGAGAGCAAGAGCAAAGCAUUCGGCAAGAAGAAGGAAAACACAAGUACGCCUCGUUAG